CACCGCGAGGCUCGGAGAGACUUCAGAGGCUGCCAGCAGAGCCUCUCCGGCACUCAAGGAUCACAACGGAGGGACCGGUCUCGGUCUCGCCCCCUUGUCCCUGGACCUGCCCGGAGUCUUUCGCUCUCUUCAUCAGCUCCUUGACAGCUGCUCUGGGGACCUUCUCCCAGAGGCCCCGCCAUGGGGGCAACUGUAACAGGGGGUGUUCCCUUACUGAGAGGCCCCCUGCUGUUGCUGGGGCUAAGUGCGCUUCUGGCCCCCGCCAGCUGUCUCGACAUGUCCCUCCAACGUCCCCGAGCGUCGGCUGAACUAGUGAUCCCCAAGGAAAUAAGCUCUCCGAUGUGGCACUCGGAGAUGUCCGGGCAGGUCUCUUACAGCCUGCAUAUCACAGGCAAGAAGCACACCUUGCACCUACUACCCAAGAAAAUGCUGCUACCCUGGCACCUACCCGUGUUCACCUACGUAGCCAAUGGUGUCCUGCAGGAGGAGGAUCCCUUCUUCCGGAAUGACUGCUACUACUACGGCUACAUGGAAGGGAUCCCCAAGUCCUUAGCUGCCCUCAGUACCUGCUUGGGUGGGCUCUGGGGGAUGCUUCAGGUAAACGAGAAACAUUAUCAAAUCCAGCCCGUUUCGUUUUCCUCCACCUUUGAACAUCAUCUCUAUCCGAUAGCAAACACGGGCGCUUCUAAUCUGACCCGUGCUUUAGCCAGAGGGGGGGUACAUGAGGACUUCUUCCAGGCCCAGAAAGCCACAUCGCCUUCACCCACAGCCACUUUUGAUGAUGUCCAUUCGCGCAGGCAGAAGGUGGAGAUGGGAGUUGUGGUGGAGAAGUUGCGGAACGAAUUCCGGAGCAUUAAUAAUACCGUGUUGCUCCAGGACAUGCUGUUCACACUCAACCUGGUGGACACGCUUUUUAUGCAGAUCAAGGCACACGCCUCUUUGUCCUCACUGGAAAUCUGGACCAAUCCUAGCCCUAUAAAUAUCGUUCAGAAGCUGCAGAAUAUUCUUCGUAAUUCUGCUGAACCCGAAAGUUGGAGCCCCGGGGAGGAGCAACUUUGUGAUUUAGUUCGUCUUUUCCAGCAGCAUAGUUCCCACCUUAUCUUUGGAGUAGACCCCAGGACUGCAAAAUGCAACCCUUAUCCCAGUUUGGCUUUUAAGGCUAACCGUGGAAUCCAGUUGAUCUUUUUCUCGGUCCUUGUUUCCUGUGAAACGAGGCAUGACUUAGGAAAGCCCAGUGAUGAGGAAAACUUGCACGGUCAAAGGAAACCUUGCCUCAUGGACAGUAGGGCCCAAACCUCUGGUUCCUCUGGCUGCACUUUGGAUAGUCAUCUGCCUUCAGUGGGCAGCAGGGCCAACUCUCUCAGUGGGAGCUCUGAGAAGAAGAUGGAAGAGCAGAUAUGUGGAAACAAAGUUAUGGAGGAAGGAGAGGAAUGUGACUGUGGCUCGGAGACAGAAUGCAGAAAAAAUCCCUGUUGUCAGCAAGGUUGUAUUCUUUCCAAAGGUGCCAAAUGUAGCACUGGACUAUGCUGUAAAGAUUGUAAGAUUCUCCCAGCUGGAAGGGUCUGUCGAGUACAGGCCAGUGAGUGUGACCUCCCAGAGUUCUGCAAUGGGACCUCAGGGUUUUGCCCAGAUGACAUAUACAAACAAGAUGGUACGCCAUGUAGUGGGAAAGGAUACUGUUACAAGAAAAGGUGUGGGAGCCAUCUUCAGCAGUGCCAGGCUCUGUUUGGGCAACAAGCUGAGAAUGCUCCCCGCCAAUGCUAUAAGGAAGUGAAUAGUCGAGGUGACCGGUUUGGUAACUGUGGACUUGAGCAAUUAUCAUUUUUCAAAGGCUGUAACACCCAGAAUAUUUUAUGUGGAAGAUUGCAAUGUGUCAAUAUUGACACCAUUCCUCAGGUACCUCACUAUUACACCCUGAUUCAAACUUACUUAAAAGAACCACUUGAAGAGGAAGGUCUCUUGUGCUGGGGAACAGCUUUUAACAAGACUGCAAAGGAGAAGGGUUUGAAUGAUCUUGGAGUUGUGCAAGAUGGCAGCUCAUGUGGGGAAAACAUGAUGUGUAUUAACAAGACUUGUCUCAACGUCUCCAGGAUCCACCAGGAUUGUGUCCCAGAGCAGUGCAACUAUCGAGGUGUGUGCAACAACAGAGGGAACUGCCACUGUGAUUUUGGAUGGGCCCCUCCUUUCUGUCAGGAUCCUGGCUAUGGAGGAAGCAGUGAUAGUGGACCAACAGCAAAUCUCGGGAGUGAGAUGAACACAAGUUUCAUAUCCUGGAGGACCUAUUUAAUUCGUGGUAGCAUUUGCUCAAGCUUUGUGAUGCUUAAAUGGGCUGUGAUAAUGCUGUAUAAAAAGAGAAAAUGUAAAAAACCUUAGGGAUAAAACUACGUAGGCAAUCAAAGAAGCCUAGUCCAAGAUCUCAUGAAAGACCCAGUCCAAUAUAUCAGAAAGCUAGCCCCUCAAGUGAGCCUUCAGGGUUAGUCUGCCAUCCAUUAGAAUUCUAGCAAUAUUACUUCAUGAAGGUGAUGAAGGUUUUUAGCACUGCUGUCUUCAUUGUUAUGCUAGAGCCCCUUGUUUCUCAAAAGCUCCAAGAAUGUGCUGCCCAUUUAACCCAUAUUAUUUUUUCCUUUUUCUGCUUUCUGCUUGAAAAAUAAAUGUGCUUUAUAUCUUGGAAUC